AUGCAGCCGCUCACGUCUGCAAUGACCAGCGUCAGGAAAACGUUGCUGGCGGCCUUCAAGACUUUGCUCCGGGGCCGGUCCUUCUUGCAAGCUUUAUUUUCCUUUUGGGUCAGCCCGGCUACCAUCAAAGAGCAAUAUGCCAACGGAACGGCAAUAUCGUCUCGGAGGAGCAUGGAUGACUUCCUUAAAGAGGCCGAGGAGUUGCUGUUGGGGCCUGUAGACGGUGAUGGGCUACGCCGGUUUUCAAAGCAACUGAAGCUUCAGUUCCGGGAACGACUGGGUACCCAUGCCGAGAGCAUGCUUCCCUCGUACAGCCAUCUGCUCCCGUCCGGAAAAGAGAAGGGCCAGUAUGUCGCCCUCGAUGUCGGAGGAUCGACGUUGCGCGUGGCAUUGGUGGCAUUGAGGGGUCGAGAAGCCAGCGGAGAAAAGGCUGACAUCGUUAGGAUGAGUACCUUCAAAAUAACUCCCGAGAUCAAGAAGCUGGAGGGCAUGUCCUUUUUUGACUGGAUGGCGGCACGCAUCAGCGAGGUCAUCCAACAAAAACCUAUUACCGGCAACCCCAUACCUAUGGGGUUGGCGUGGAGUUUCCCGGUAGAGCAAACAUCGUUAGGGGGCGGUCGUUUACUAGGGAUGGGGAAAGGGUUUCUUGCCACCAGCGGCUUGAUGGGUCAGGAUCUUGGCGAGGUACUCAAGUUGGCCUGCAAGAAACACGGUCUCGAUGUUGAGCUCGGCGCUAUUGUCAACGACGGCUCGGCCACUUUACUAUCCCAGGCAUACGUCCACGCCUCGACGCGCUUUGGCCUUAUACUCGGUACUGGGACCAAUAUUGCCGUCCACCUGCCCGUUUCGGCUUUCAGCCGUGCAAAGUUUGGCAAUCGUCCUGAAAGCUGGUUCGAUUCGGCCAGCCAUGUAAUUGUCAACACAGAGCUGGGCAUGUUUGGAAAGGACGUUCUUCCCGUAUCGCGGUGGGAUCGGCUGCUGAAUGCGGCACACCCCUUGCCAGAUUUCCAGCCACUGGAGCAACUGCUGAGCGGAUAUUACCUGGGGGAGGUCGUGAGAUAUGCCCUUGUCGAAGCGAUUCAGACAACCGGUUUACUAGGGGGCAUCCUGCCUCCUUCCUUGGAAAACGUCUAUUCUCUUGAUACGGAGACAUUGUCAAGGAUAGAAGCUGAUCCUUCACCCACAUUUGACACUGCGCUCCCAUAUUUCGCCACCAUGCACCCCUCCACCGUCAAACCCACAGUCGCCGACAUGGCGGCGAUCCGAACUCUCGCCUCUCACGUCUCUCGACGCUCCAGCGCCUUACUCGCAGCAUCCGUCUUCGCACUAUGGGAGUUAAGACACGAGACCGAGGCCGAAUACACCCAAUCGAUGCCUUCUGCCAAUACCAAAGUCCAGUUCGUUGUGGAAGCCGAGGCAGAGCACGCUCUGCCGCGGACUAAAGUGGCGUUUAACGGCUCGGUGAUAGAGCGGUACCCACAAUACCGAGAGAAUUGUCAGCAGUAUAUCGACAGCCUAGUGUCGGAAAGUCCGCACCCUGGGGCAGUGGACCUCGUUCCGGCGUUGGAGAGCAGCAUACUCGGUGCUGCUGUGGCGUUGGCGUGUGUUUCUGACGAGAAAGUAUUAGAUGCGUGA